AUGGAUUACUCUGUGGUCUCUAGCGAAGCCGAUGCUCUUCAGGGGCCGUCACCUUGGGGCUCAGCAUCACCACGGGCGGAUCGAAGUUUCCCUGCUCCCGCAGCCGAGUCACCAGAAUCCCCCGCUCCAGGUCAAGGACAUUCUUACAAUCAAUCGCAAGACAGUAUCCCAGACAGUCCUUACCUCUCCCAGCCCAAUGAAUCCGCAGCGACGCCGGCAGCAGACACGCCACAAGCUCAGUCAGGCCAAGAGUCCCCUGAACAAUCGCAGACAUACCCGAACACCCAGCAGGAUAAUCAGGCAUCUGCAGCUCACCAACCAUACACUGGGCAAUCGCAACAACGAGCCGGAGCGGCCAGAUAUCAUGGCACGCAACAGCAGAGACCGGUGCCGCAGUAUAAACUACAGGCCAAGGUGACUGCUCUGGAGAGAACAGGGCGUAAAGACCCGGUCAUCAGGUUCGACGUUUAUACAAAUCUACCCAAGUUCCGAACCACCCAAUUCCGCGAUGUCCGUCGGACGCACUCGGAGUUCAUUAAACUCGCGGAUCACUUGAUCUCGUCUAACCCAGAAGCACUGGUGCCUGCUGUGCCUCCCAGCAUCACCUCCGCAGGUGCAGGGACCGAUGAAGAUGAAGCCAGGAUCAAGGCGAACAUUCAGAGAUGGUUGAAUGUGGUUUGCAGUAACGAUGUUCUUAUGCGUGACGAGGAGAUGGUAUUCUUCGUCGAGAGCGAUUUUGGUUAUUCGCCUGUAGUGAGGAUGAAACAGCCCGCUACGGGUGUAAGACGCAAGGUGUUGAAGCAAUUUGCGCCUCCUCCGGACGACACUCCGGAGCUGCAGCUCUCUCGACCAAUCGUCAAGCUCUUUUAUUUGGGCACCUUGGACACGAGCCAGAAGCUGGAGAAGGUUGUCAAAGCUAGGAGAGCUCUUGGUCUUUCAGAGUCCGCUCUUGGCGAGAAAAUGGGCCAAAUGCAUGUCCAGGAGACCCAUCCCGGUCUCGCUACAGCAUACCGCAAACUCGGCCGUAUCAUACAGACGUGUGGUGAUUACCAUGCGGCGCAGGGGACUGCUGAAGCUACCACUUUGGGUGACUCCCUUGCUUACCACUCUUCCGAUGCCUUCAUCGUGAAAGAGACCUUGACCAAUAGACAUAUUCUAUUACGUGAGCUGCUUCAAGCCGAGGCAUCCCGGCGGAGCAAAGAGACUGCAGUCCAGCGAUUGAAGAGCAGCUCUAAUGUCCGCCGGGACAAGGUCGAUGAGGCCAUCUCGGCACUCGACGAAGCCAUCAGCCAGGAGAACUAUCUCCGGUCUAAAACGCAGCGGGUUACUGCGAACUUGCUGCUUGAAAAGCGUAGAUGGUUUGAGCGAACCUCCAGCGAGUUUUUGUUUUCUCUCCGGGAAUACGUCCUACGCCAGAUCGAAGCUGAACGCCGAACUUUGGCAACGCUGGAAUCGGUCAGGCCCGAUAUUCGAGCCAUCGACGCAUCAGGCGGGCUGAGCAGGUUAGGGCGUGAAAACCAUCCUACGAUCCGCCGAGUCAGUCUGGCCAGCAGCCAAAGCUCCAAAGGUGACGCAUGGAGUGGCGUUCCUAGGAGCAGAGAGGCCAUGACUCGCAGCCUGAGUGGAAGCUUCGGCGCCGGGGGUAUCCCAGAGGUAGACGACACCCCUGCCAAUGGUGAUGGAUCACUACGUGGCCGCCCUCGAAGUGCAACAGGAAGCGCAAGCUUGGAGCGCGUCCAAGAGGAUGAAGGAGAUGAUCGCGUCGAUGCUAGGAACGCGGCGAGUCGGUUGGCGCAAAGCACGUUUUAG